AAUGAAAAUGGUGACGUAUUUUAAGGUAUCCAUGGCCUAUUUGUUAUAACUUGAACCAAAAUGGAUACUGUUAUUGAGGGCCCCCAAAAUGACAGGGGCGAUAUACAAGACCUCAGUGUUGUGACUGCUUCAAAUUGGGGCACUGCAACUGAGGACAACUCUAAUAAUAAUGCUACCCUUUUGUACAUUGCUGUUGAAUAUGUAAAAGAUUACAAGAUUGACGAUGCCAGUUCUAACAUCACUACUCAAUCUGAAGUAUAUUCAGAUUUUGAUCAGCAUGUCAGCCCUUUAGACCCUAAUAUGAGUUCUGUUGCAAGAUAUAGCCCUGUCUAUAAUGAACCUUCUAAUGAAUACAAUCCUGUUGUUAUUCAUCAGUUGAUUUCUCAAGAUGGUACUGUUCAGCAUGAACAAUUUGUUAGUAAUCUGAACACUUCUUCACUUGGAACUAUACCAACUGUUCUAUGCAAUAGAGAUGUUAGUAAUGAAUUUUUGCAAAUGGUAGAUGGCAAUGGUACUGAUAUAACUGCUGCUACUAAUAGUGACAAUCUUCAGUUGGUACCAGAGACAGAGCAACAAGUAGAACUGCUGAUCACAGAUGAAGCUACAGGAAUAUCAUAUAGUGUGAAUGCACAAGAACUUCUUGUUGAGCGUUGUCUGCAAGAGGACCAACAGCUUUUGGAAGCUCUGGCACCCAAUCCCAUCCUAGAAUCUGACCUGCCUACAUUAGAUGAAAAGACUCUGAAAACAGAGUUGAAUGAUGAUAUUGAAAUUCCUACAAAUGAUGUAGCCUCUGUAGACCCACAAGUUGUAGAUACUUAUAUUAAUAGUUUGUCUGAUAAUGACCUUACCAAAUCACUGGAUUCUGAUAGUAGUUUCAAGAUGGAAACAAGGCAAGCUAAGAGAAAUGAGCCUGAUGUUGAUGAACAAUUGUUGUCUUGUGUUUAUAGUAUUACUGAUAAACCUAUUUUGUCAAGAGCAAAAGCCACUCUUCCUGAAGCUUAUUUAGUUAUUGGUAAAAUUGAUGAAGAGUAUGCCAUAUUUGCCAAGAAGAAUAUCCCCAAAAGGGCACAAUUUGGACCCCUUGAAGGUGUAUUAUCAUUGAAUGAUGAUACAAAUUCUGCAAGAAAUGAUGAAAAGUUGAAAUUUUUUGUUGAGAGUGAAGGAGUUUUAUACAAAAUUGAUGUUUCUGAUGAAAACUCUUCAAAUUGGAUGGGUUUUGUAAGGAAAGCUAGCACAUUUGAGGAACAAAAUGUAGUUAUAACUCAGGAGAAUAAUGGCAUAUAUUUCACAACCACUGCAAAUAUUCUUCCUAAACAGGAACUCAAGGUUGGAUACAGUACUGUUUAUGCCCAAUAUUACAAUCUUCCUGUACUCCAACCACAUGAACAGCUAACAUGGCCUUGCUAUGAAUGUCCUUCCAAAUUUGAAUCAUCUGAAGAAUUACAGAAACAUCUCAAUAUUCAUGAUGAUGAUAGAGAUGAUAACAUCAAACCUAGAAGAAAGCUGAUGAGAUCCAAAAAAAGAUUCUUCAAGAAAUACCAGAGUGAUGCUAUUGAGUGCAAUAUUUGUGAAGAAGUAUUUCUUCAGUAUAAUUACUGUUUUCUGAAAUUGCAUUUGGUACAGAAACAUGGAUUCGUUAAAGGAAAUGUUGAAGAAAGUUUCACAGUUGUUAUGCAUUUCAAGUGUGACUAUUGCAGUGCUAUUUUCAAAUCUGAUUCUGUGCUUAAAAUCCACAAUCUGGAGCAUGAUCCAGACUCAUCAGAUGUGCAACGAAAUCAUGUGUGCCCUGGUUGUCAAAGGAAAUUCCCCACACAAAGACAACUUGUACUGCAUGUUAUGCAACAUGCCAUAACCAAGAAUGUGGUUUCACCAGAGAAGGUUAAAUGCCCUAUUUGCUCUAAAUUGUUUGCAGAAAGAGAAAGACUACAGAAACAUAUGUUGGUUCAUGGGUCCGAUGAAGCCAAACCUCUACAAUGUAAAACAUGCCACAAACGAUUUCUCAACAACUCGGCACUGGCCUGUCACAUAAAAACGCACUUCAUCGGCAAAAAAAUCUUCGAAUGCCCCAUCUGCAAUGAGAGCUUCGAUAACGUUCUCAAACUGAAGCUGCACGUUCCCAGCCACUGCCAAAACAACAAUUUCACUUGUCCCCACUGCAAGAAAGCCUUCAAGAAAUACAGCAUCAUAAGGAAACACAUCAGGGCUUUCCACUGCGAGAGAACGCACGAAUGCCAGUAUUGCGCCAAAAGGUUUCCCACCCUCGACAAACUUCGUAUGCACUUGUUGCGACACUCUGAUCACAGGGAAUUUUUGUGUGCCGACUGCGGAAAGCAGUUCAAGAGAAAAGACAAGCUGAAGGAGCACUGCAAGAGGAUCCAUUCGGAGGAGCGAGAGAAUACCAUCCCGAAGAUGACUUUGAAGAAGAAAAUAAGGAAGUUUACGCCUAAGGUGGAGCCUACUGAUUUCCACAGGUUCAUUUAUAAGUGCCAUGCCUGUUUGGUUGGGUUCAAGAGAAGGGGAAUGCUGGUGAACCAUCUAGCGAAACGCCACCCCGAAAUUCCUCCCGAUUCAGUUCCCGAACUCAAUCUACCCAUCUUACAAACCACCCGAGACUACUACUGUCAAUAUUGCGACAAGAUCUACAAGAGCAGUUCGAAAAGGAAAGCGCACAUACUGAAGAACCACCCGGGCGCUGCUCUGCCGAUGAGCAAUCGGAAGCGCGGCUCGCUGCAAGACGUUUCCGGGCUUCCUAACCCCACUUUUUCGCAGACGGUGGGUAGCAUCACUACGAGUCCCCAGAGCUGCAAGUGGUGCCACAAACAGUAUGCCAGCAAGGCUAAAUUACUGCAACACCAGAGGAAGAAGCACACCAAUCAGGCGCCAGAUGACAUGAGCUUAGAAGCUGACGUUCAAAAUGAUAUAGGCGAUGACAAGAUGAAUAUGAAAAUGGAUACCGUCUCGGAAUUUGAUAAGGUUGUAGAGAAAAUAAUGAGCAACGAGUUGGACGACUACAAUUUGGAGGAAGAUUCGCAGUACCAUCUUUCGAUAAAUGAGAACGAGAGUUUCAUGGAGGCCAGUGAGUUGGAAAAUCCCAAUUCGCAUUUAUAUCGAUUGUUGACCACAAACAAUGGGAUGAUGCCUCCACGUUGAAGAAAGAGUUCUGGACUUGGGGAUUCUGAAAUAACUUCUCUGCGAGUUUUUCCACUCGAUCUUGAGUGAUUUUUAACUGGGAGUUUGGCCGUGGGAUGAAACCUGCGUAUUGGAAUUGGAUGGAUGAUAAAAAUGAGGUACAAGGACGGUUAUAGUAGAGAUGUAUUAACAAAACUUUAGCGAUAGUUUGUCUCAUUUUAAUGACAAAAAGUUG